AUUUUCUCUCUCUUCUGUGCCGGAUUCUUGGAUUGUUCUUCUUGAUCAUCGCCAUCAUCAAUCUUACUAUAUAUAGCCUUUCAAGGUCCAGUGAUUUUUGCAUUCAUAUCCAACACAAUAAAGCUUUCCAAUUAUCUUAUCCAAUUGCUCUUUUGAUUCGUUACUGGGAUGAAGACUGUUAUGGAAGAAAUUAAUGUUAUAAAAGCUAAGGAUGGAACUGUUGCUGUAGCUUCUGCAUUUGCUGGCCACAAAGAAGCAAUAAAAGACAGAGACCACAAAUUUUUAAGGAAAGCCAUUGAAGAAGCAUAUAAAGGUGUUGAAUGUGAAGAUGGAGGCCCUUUUGGUGCUAUUAUUGUUUGUAAUGAUGAAAUUGUUGCUGCUUCUCACAACAUGGUUUUAAGGAACACUGAUCCAACUGCUCAUGCAGAAGUAACUGUAAUAAGAGAGGCCUGUAGAAAACUUAAGCAGAUAGAACUUUCAGAGUGUGAAAUUUAUGCUUCUUGUGAACCAUGUCCCAUGUGCUUUGGUGCAAUCCACCUUUCAAGAGUUAAGAGGUUGGUAUAUGGGGCAAAAGCUGAGGCAGCAAUUGCGAUUGGGUUCGAUGAUUUCAUUGCUGAUGCAUUGCGUGGUACUGGAUUUUAUCAGAAAGCGCAGUUAGAGAUUAAAAAAGCUGAUGGCAAUGAGGCUAUUGUUGCUGAGGAGGUUUUCGAGAAAACAAAGGAAAAAUUCCGAAUGUAUUAAAUAUCAAAUUAUUUAUGUGGAGAAUAAUAUUUACUAAGUUUGAGUUGUAAUAAUAAUGUACAUGCAAAUUUAUGAAUUAAAAUUAUUAAUGAAGUGCCUGUUUU